GAUGGAAGAAGAUCAAAGUACAUAUAUAUUUAAUGUUCAUUAGACUUAGUCUCAUUAUCAUUGCUCAAUGAUGAGUAGGAUUAGAAAUUGUUAGAAAAAAUUUCUAGUAAGAGUAAAAAAAUUUUCAAAAUUGUAUACCCAAAUAAGUAUUUAUUAUUCUAAGUAUACUUUUAGUAAAUAAUUAAUCAAAUACAAGAUAUAUAAUAGGAAGGAAAAAAGUUUAGAGGAAUUGAGUAAGAAAUUUGUACGUUGUCUGAUUGAUUAUGAUGAGAAAAUUAUCUGUUUGGAUUAAAUCACUGAAGAGUUGGGUAGUGUAUUAUACAAAUAUAGGUGUUGAAAGAAGAAGAAUAUAUGAUAUAAUUAAUAUACUUGAAAGCUUAUAAGUAGUAAAAAGAAAAUGUAAAAAUUAAUAUAGUUGGAGUGGAUUCAAAACUAUUUAUUAAACAAUAGAACAAGUAUUUUAUUAUAUAUAUAAUAGUAUGCAAAUAAAUAACUAAAUUUUGAUAUAACCUCACAUAAAAGGGAGAAAUCAUUAGAAGUACUCUCAGCUGGCUUUAUUAAACUAUUUAUGUAAUAAAAAUCAAUUUGGACUUUGGAAGAAGCUGCUAAAUAUCUCGGAAAUGAAGUUGAUUAAAAUAAAUUGAAAACAAAAGUAAGAAGACUAUAUGAUAUUGCAAAUGUGUUAAAAUCUAUUGGUUUAAUUAAGAAAACUCAUUUAGUAUCAUCCAAAAAACCUGCAUUUUAAUGGGUUGGUAAGGAAGGAUUAAAAGUAUUUUAAUAUAAUUUAAAAUAACAUGAAUCAAAAAACUAAAUUUAAGAAAACAAGGAGAAUAUAGUUAACAUACCUACUCCUUAAGUCUAAAAUCAAAAUAAACCAGAUAGUUUUAAUUCUUACAAUUAAUAUGUUGGUAAAUGUAUUGAUCUGUUAAUAUAACAAUAAUUAAAUGAUAGAAAAUAAUAAACUGAAUAAAAAAUUAAAGAAUAGAAUUAAAAUCAAGUCUCAAUUAUAACUCCAAAACUAAGAAAAACAUACACUAUUAUUGUAAAAUAUAAAGUCUAAUUUAGCCUCCUAGAGUAACAACUCCUAAAAAGGCUUUGUCAAUCACUCCAAAAAAAAACCAAUCGAAUAGUCAUACUCCUAAUAACAAUAAAACUGUAGUUGGUUCUCUUAUUGGGAAGUUUAAUUAAAACAUAUGA